UAUUUCGAUGACUUUAAGCUAUGCUCGUAUGCAAUGCACGUCAGAAUAUGUGAGCCCAGAAGCGAUGGGAUCAGUAGUUUCCAACACCUGUUGGAUAACGUGGUGCUCAGAGUGAGCGUAUGGAUUGUGGCACUGGUAGCCUGUGGUGGAAAUCUAUUCGUACUAAUUGGCAGAAUGAUGAUGCAUGAGAUGAAUGAAGUGCACUCGUUUUUCAUCAAGAACCUGGCACUGGCCGACCUACUCAUGAGUUUAUACCUAUUCAUAAUCGCAUACCACGACAACCUCUUCAGAGGCGAAUACAUUAGACAUGAGGAACGGUGGAGAGGGAGCUGGGAGUGCAACCUGUGUGGCCUACUCAGCACCAUCAGNGUAUAUCUAUCGGUUUUGUAUCCGUUUAGUCUUAAACGGCGCACAAAAACCUUUGCCAUGUUAUCGAUGGGCGCCGUAUGGAUUGUGGCAAUACUAUUGGCUAUCUUACCACUUCUGGACAGUCAGAUAUUCGGGGAUGAGUUCUAUGGGAGUAAUGGUGUCUGUCUGGCACUUCAGAUACACGACCCGUACAGCAAGGGUUGGGAGUAUUCGUUAUUCUUGUUCUGUGGCAUCAAUUCUGUAGCGUUUGCUUUCAUUACAUACGCCUACAUUAGUAUGUCGUCAACGAUCACGAGCUCUGCCGUCGGUUUGCGGACAACACAACAAAAACAGGACCGAAAUAUCGCCAAAAGAUGCGGUUUUAUUGUGGCCACAGAUUGCUUGUGUUGGAUGCCUAUUGUGGUGAUCAAAGUGCUGGCACUGGCGGGUGUUCCCAUCAAUGACUCACUUUACGCAGUGAUCGCCAUAUUCUUACUGCCCGUCAAUUCUGCUUUAAACCCAGUGCUCUACACACUGACCACAAAGCUAUUCAAACAACACUUCUCCAAAAUAAUGACAUACAGUCUGCGUCUGCACCGCAACGGAUCCACAGGAACGGGAGGUGACCAGCAUUCGGGUACUUCUUAUUCUACGAUUAUAACGCAUUCAAGGAAUACCUGCAAACGGUCAGUGCUGACCAUCUGCUCAGAAGUAAGUCCGAACAGACACGGAAGCCGUACAGACAGACAGAGCGCGAAGUACUACGACUCCGAACCGCCAGACAUUUGCUUUGAUGCCAAUCAAGACAAUGAGUUCUUCGGAUUCCGAUCCACACAAACAGACCGACAGUUUCCUAUGAGUCCGAUGGCCAGCGCCCGACCCUUGAGCCGACACACGAGUCUUCAUAUCUCUGACUACGGGAUCAGAAAACUGAAGACUUAUAGGAGAGACAGACAGACGACCGCUAAACACAUCAACGAAACUCAUUUGGAUCACAGAAUUCAUGAUAAAAUCGCCGGUCUAUACAUAGACGAGUCCAACAGAAUCCGUAUAAUAGAUCCGGAAUUGUCUGAUAAGACCAUUGAGUUGAAGAAUGAAAGCACAGAAUUCACUGAAAACGAGUCCAACAGAAUCCGUAUAAUAGAUCCGGAAUUGUCUGAUAAGACCAUUGAGUUGAAGAAUGAAAGCACAGAAUUCACUGAAAAGACACAACAGUUCCAGAAAAUUGUCGAUAAUUUUGUGACAAUAAUUGAAGAUUUGGCUCAAAGAGUGGAAAAGGAGAAAAUUAAAGUAAGUUAA